UCUCGAUAUCUUUCAGCCAAUCAAAUCAUAGCGUUUCAAAUUCUGUGUAGUUCGUCAUGAAUGACGAAUCACACCCUACACGGAAUUGUAAGGGAGAGGUGUGUGACACACUUUUUAUGUGUAUGCGGAAGACGCUAUUACCUGAUAAAAUUUAGGUAGGAUUAGAUCAGAAAUUAAGCUCCCAAGACGAUCAUGUUACAGCUGAUGUUCUUACUGCUGCUCAGCAGUUUUUUCUUCUCAAGUCAUUGUAUUACAGAUGUGUUACUUAGCCCUCCAGACAUCACCAAUCCAAUUGAAGCAGUGACUUUGUACAAGGGUGAACUUGACUUUGUUGUCAAAUGUGAAGCUACUGGUAUACCAAAACCAACUUACCAGUGGAAAAGGAAUAACCAAGAUAUCCCUCCUAGUAGCUACAUUACCUAUGAUGCCAACACUGGUGACUUAACUUUUAAAGGGUUUUCAGAGAGAGAAGAAGGAGAGUACAGAUGUUAUGCAUCAAAUGUUUUGGAGCAAACUACAGCUGUCAGUGUCUCUCAACCAGUCACUAUUAAAAAAUAUCGCUUUCUGAGACCGGAUAGUAACCUUGCUACUGAACCAGUUAGCAUCAAACAAUAUGACUAUGUCAAAUUAUUUUGUAAAAAGGACAAACUUGAAGUAGUGGCUGAAAGUAUAAACUACAACUGGUAUUCUAAAAGUAAUGACCAGCUUCAAUUAGAUGAUGGUCGACUGUACAUUGACCAAAAUGGGGAUCUGCACAUAAAUUAUGCCAAGACAACUGAUGCUAGUGAUCCCUUUGGUAUUAAGUGUGGUCUCUCAGGUCGAAGCAGUGCUAACAUUGUUUUCGGGGAUGCAUACAAUCUGUAUGUUACACCAGUAACCCAGAUUCCAGGUCAAGCUCCUGUACUAAAAUGGUUUUCUGCAAAUAUAGUGGCAGAGGUGUCUCACUCAGCUAGACUAGAGUGUGUUUUCAGUGGAUAUGACCCAAUGCAACCAUUACCAACCAUCACUUGGACGUUAGAUGAUGGGACAGUAAUAAGCACUAACCAAAAGUACAAUGUGUCAUCAAAUGGAAGAUCUCUCAUAAUCUACAAGUUAUUGGAACAAGAUGAGAGAAAUUAUUACUGCAAGGCUAAAAAUAACUUUGGAGAGAGUAAUCCUCAUCAAGUUUUUCUUAAUGUUACAAGUAAGCCCAUCUUCUAUGAAAACAAAGCGCCAAGGGAUGUAACAGUUUCUCAAAAUAAAGAUGUGACAAUUCCAUGUGAAGCUAGGUCAGCUUCUGGUGAGGCAACUCCAUCGCCUGCAGUUUGGUAUGUCAAUGGGAGACAAACUGGACAACAUACAAACAGGAACAAAAUUGAUGUCAAGACUAAUUCACUUACAAUCAAAUCAGUCAAAAAACCAGAUGAUAUUAUGUGUGUCUUAUGUAUAGUGUCUAAUUCUAAUGGAGAGAAGAUGGGCGAAGCAUGUGUUAAUGUAAUUUUGCCUAUUGAUUUAACCCAGCAAAUCAAUGUGAAUCAAGAGAUAGAUAUGGGAGAUUCUAUAGAUUUAACAGUCUUAGCGAAAACUGACAUAUCCCAACAACUCAUUUACAAGUGGACACACUUUAGAAACAAAAGUGACCUUGUUGGAGAAGAACCAAAGUUUACCUUCCAUGAUUCUGUGACAAAAGUGGCCUAUAUAAAUACAACUGGGAUGACUGAAGCAGAAUAUGAAUCUCUUCGUGGUGAUUAUGUGGUGAACAUCUCUCACCUCUAUGAUUACAGAAUUGAACGUAUUCAUGUCACACUUAAAGACAAGCCUGCUCCAGAAGAACCAGUGGCAACAGAGGCAGGGUUUGACAUGUGGAUAAUUGGUCUUAUCAUUGGCAUCCUGUUUCUCAUAAUAGUCAUAAUCAUCAUUAUCAUUGUUAUUUGUCGCAAGCAACAAGAAGGAGACUACAAUGUGGACAAAAAAGAAACUAGAGCUGGUUUGGAUCCAGAGAAAGAAUUAAAAGACAAAGGAUUUAAUGAGUUCUCUAGGCCUGCCUUUGAUGAUUAUGACUAUCCUGACAAGAAACCUAAAGUGGACUUGGAAUAUGAUGAUGUACCCAUUGGUGGUGAUGAUGAAAGUCUAGGAGAAUAUGGAGAUGAAGAGGAUACUCACUUUAAUGAGGAUGGUUCUUUUAUUGGAAUUUAUGAUAAGAAAGCACCUCAGAAGCCACCUACACAAACUAGUGAAUCUACUAUUUAAAAAACAUUAAAAUUUAUUUUACAAAUUCUGACUAAUAAAUGUGUUUUUCCUUUUGAAAAUCUCCUAUUCAAUAAUUUUUGAGCUAAGGAAAAAAAUCUGAACCUUGUUUCUAUUUCUAAUCUUACAGGUCACUAAGUAACUUAACUAAACUUAAGCUGUGUUGAAAAACAAAAACCUGGCAUUAUUUUUUUUUAGCCUAGCUUAAUGCAUAGUAGAGACAUUUUAAAUAUGCUGAUCAAAAUUGUUAAAAAAAAAAUUGUACCUUAAAAUUUUUUUUUUUAUAUAUGAGUUGGUCAACUAAAUGUGAUAAAGUUCUUCACAUAUUGAUUUGCAGGUUUCCCUCUAUUGGUUUCUAAUUAGUUUUUGAAGUAAAGAUGUAAUCUGCUGAGGCAGAAUCAUCAACAAAGAUAUACAAGUGCCCUGUUCAAAAACUCAUUCACAUGGUCAACAUUUCAUCUAUUUGGUCUAUAAGUCAAUUCUACAGAACUGAUUUUUAGUUUCAUUAUAUUCUUUUGGAAUUUAAAUUUCAGAGACUUUUUUUUCUUUGAAACUUUUUCUUCUUUUUAUUUCCUGCUGGUUUUAGUAGAAUUUACAAAAUUCAGUUAAAUUGCAUUAAAAAACAUUUAAUUAUUCAGUUGACUUGAUUCUUAAGUAGACUUUGUGAAGACUCGGCUGUAGGAAAAAGCUCAAUGAACAAUUCAAGAUGAUGCAACAUUUCAUUCCUAUUGUUAUACAUUUAUAUUAAAUUUCCAUUUGAUUCUGUUAUUAUAGAACACUAAUUUGAUAAUCUAUAUCAUCAUCUUUGUGUAUAUAUAUGUGUGUACAAAACAUUUACAGCAUCCAAAAAAAAAAAAGGGGUUUUCGUAUAUAUUUAAAAAAAAAAUCUGGACAAAAGUUAGGUUCACAAGUGAUUAAAAAUGAUUCUUAUCAAGUCUUUGAGGUAUUAAAAACAAAAAGACCAUAUACAUUUCAUCCUUGUUGGAAAAAUAAAAUUGUAUUGUAUACUAUUUUUUCAACGACUUAUUUUUUGAAUGACAAUAUUAUGCAAGUUUAUUUUUUUCCUUUACUAUAAAUUGUUGAAGGUUUACAUUUUGAAUGAUUUCUAAUUGUGUAGAGUUGUUUUCUUUCAAUGGCCUUUAUUAAUAUAUACAUUUGUAUUUUAGAUAGAUGAGAUUUCUGCAACUCUUGUAACAUAUUACAAUGCUUGAAAAGAAAUUCUGCUUGAAUUGUUGUUUGUGUAUUCUAAAAUAAAUGUAAAAGAAGUUUAUUAUGAUUCUUGUUAAACAAAAAGUGUUGUUGUUUUUUCAAGGUUGUGAUGAUUUUCUAUCAGAAAAACCAAAACAUUCCUGCAAAAAACAGCUAACAAAUAUGCUUGUUGAAUUUAACUAGGAUGGUAUAUAAUUUAUAAUUCUAUUAGGCAUUUGUCAAUUUAAAAAAAUUAAUUUAUUGUGAGAUAAGUGUUUUUUUUUUAACUUAAAUUUAUGUACAUAAAUGGAAAUAGAUUUAUCUCCGUGUAGAUAUGUAAUUCUCAUCUUGAGACUUUUUUUGAUUAAUGAACAUGGCUCAUGGAACAAUGUAGAUGAUGGAAAUGUUGAUCUUUAGAAAUAAAAAAAAUGAGGAAUUUAGUUCUUUGUUUUUUUAAAGAUCUGUGUAGAAUCCUCAUUAUUUUCAAAAACUUAAAGUUUGCUAGGAAUUACUUGAAAUAUGUACUAAUAAUGUAUCAACUAUGACAAAACCUCAUCUCAUGAAUGCGUAUGAUAAAACAUAAAUACUCAAAUUUAUAAACUUUUUAUGUUUAUUUUAAUAGUUUCUGUAAACCUAAAAACUUAUUGUUAUAUAUAUUCCUGACUUCAGUAUCAUUCCAUGGGCCAUCAUCUCAUUAUUCUUAAAUGAAGAAAUAAAUAAACUAAUAGACUAAAAGCAGGUGAAUCGCCUAUGUUGGUAUCCAAGUGCAAGUUGUGUGUGUGUGUGUAUCCAAGUGUAGUUGUGUAUGUCCAAAUCUUGGGUCUUAUUAAAGUGCAUGCAUGUCUCUUUUUAUAUCAGAAUGUAAAUAUUAGUUUUGAUUGUUGAAGAUUGAAAGAGGAAAUGAUGACAUUUUCCAAUGUAUUUCUCUGAUAUAACAGUUUGUUAUCCAACACCCCACCCUCCCCCAGUUAUAUCAUUUUCUCAUGCCUAGGUCAUUAUACAACCUAGGUCUGAGUUUAUAAUUUUUUUGGCAAGUCAAGUCUAAUUGUAGGCCCUCCAUGUAUAUAGAGAAUUAUUAUUAUUUCACUUUACUGUUUUUUUUUUUAAAUAUAUUUAAAAGUGUCUACAUACAUGUGUGAAAGGUGUUAGACUGGCUUGCCUUUAUUUUUUUUUUUACAUUUUUACAGGAAUUUUGAAGCUACUUGUAAAAAAACAAUGUACAAGUUGUAGGCUAAAAAAUUUGUGUGUGUCUGACACUAGACUAGUUAAUUAUUUGGAAGGUAUGUUUAAACUUAGGUGGGACUUUGUAGACGUGAGCAUUGUAUUUGUUUUUUUUGUUUUUUUAUUUAUUGCUUACAAGAAAUUUUCAAAGAAAACAAGAGACAUAGAAAAAUGUUAGUACUUACUAGACUAGCAUUGAAUUUUCUUCAUAAAUAUGUUAUUUUGUUAUAAAAAUAAUUUGUCUUCAAUUUUGUUUCAACACCAAGCAAUCAAUUAGGAACUAUUGAUAUGCUUGUAUUUUUAGUAUGUGGAAAGACUUGAUUUUUAUUUUUAGUUCAACCAUUACCAACUGAAUGAUUGAGUACAAUGUUCUAAUUUUUACAUUUUGCUAUGUUACUUUGUAUUUUUUCUUUAUUAUUUAACCUGCUUUAUAACAUGGAGGCAACCUCUUGCACAUCUUAUGCCAAUAUAUUUUUAGCAAUAAAAGCUUUAUUAAAUGGG